AUGGACCACACCCCAGAACGACCUACGAGACGGGAACAUGUCAACUUCGCCUUAGCAUCCGACGAAAACAGCAGUCCACUAAGAAGCCCAAGAAGGAGCGACCGCGUGAAGAAGAACCCAUCAGUCACACCGAAACGUUUCAACAAGUUCUUCACACCUAGGCCUCGCAAUGCACAGCGGCUCGCAAAUGCGUCCAGAAGAAUACUACAAGACCUAUCUGCAGCGAGGCUGAACACUCGAGCGGGGGGGACUUCUCGACUGAAUCUGGAAAUCUCUGGUCAGAGCGAGGUGCCCAAUAAGAAGCGGAAGCUUUCUUUCACCUCCAUCGCCUCACUUCCUUCCUCGCCGAUCAGAAAGCAUCAUGAACACGAUGACGAAGGCGAAGGCCAAGUGGAGCGGCACGAGAAGAGAGAUGGCUCCGAGGAGGCAUGUGACACUGCUGAUGAGGCAGACGAAUUGAAAUCACGCCUACCAACCACCUCUCGCCCCAGAAUAACACCCUACCGAUCGAUCAGCACUACUGCCAGAUAUUUGUCUAGACAGCUAGGGGUCAAAGCACGCACAAUGGAGGCCGAUGAUAGCACUCUAUGGCAGCAUGAGACCGCACAUUUUUACAGCAACCCCGAAGAUUCGUGCUACUACCACAACUCCGUGCAGCGCUUCUCAUCACUACCUUUUUGUGUAGCAAGCUUCAAGCAGAGUCCACUUGUUGCAGUUGGAGAUGAAGAUGGCCAUGUGCGUGUUCACAUGACCUACGAUAAUCAUCCUCAUUACAAUUACACCGAGAUCAUAAAAUCCUGGCGUCCUCACAGCAAUGCCGUCAUGGACCUGGAACUCUCGGACGAUGACAGGCUCAUUGCUACCGCUUCCGGAGACCAGUCUACUCACAUCUAUGACCUCGGAGCGGGAAAAUCAGUCUACUUUCUGCGUACGCACCAGGGCUCUGUGAAAAGGGUACAGUUCCAACCAGGAUCUGGCAAUCAAAUACUGGCGACAUGUUCCAGAGACGGCCAUGUCUUUAUAUGGGAUCGUCGAAUUUCAGUCCUCGAUGGACCAGGCCUCAGCUACAGACCCAAACAUCGUCAUUGGGGCUCAUGGAGCGAUGUAACCUUUGUCGAUCCAGUGAACGAGAUAUUGCAGGCGCACACGUCGGCUGAUAAAUUAAAGCGUCCAAAGGGGAGACGACAUCCAGGGACGCUGCCCAGCAGACACGACUACGCCGUAACUACGUGCGCUUUUCUUGGUGCAAGCCGGCCACAUCUUCUCGCUACAGCCUCUGAGAAUGAUGCUAUCAUCAAGCUAUGGGACGCGCGAGUUGUUUAUCAUGACCAGGAUGGGAGACCCACUCCAGUCUCAGCGACAUUGGAACCGGAUAGCCACCAGAACCAUCGGCAGUUUGGUGUAACUUCUAUUGCCAUGAGUACGGAUGGCUCAAGACUGUACGCUGCUUGCCGUGAUCAUACCGUAUACGCAUAUUCAACGCCACACCUGAUAUUGGGUAGUACGCCUGAAUUGUCCACCUAUUCCAUUUCGUCUUCCAAAUUUACUCGAACACCGAAGCCAGGACUUGGGCCUUUAUACGGGUUCCGUCACUCGUCUCUCACCAUAGCCUCGUUCUAUGACAAACUAGCUGUUCGACCAGCCUCCUCUACGGACAACAAUACCGAAAUGAUUGCUGUCGGCAGCGGCCAAGAAUGUGCUGUCAUCUUUCCCACCAAUGAGCGAUACUUGAACAACGGCACUCGACGGCCUCCCGUUGCUUCAUGGCUGCGACUAUCCCAGGAAGCAGCUGAGGAUCUCCCCAUCUACGAAAAUGGCACUGCACUCGUAAAUGGCCAUAAGAAGGAAGUCACAGCUGUUGCAUGGACUACAAACGGCAAUCUUGUCACCGUUGCAGACGACCACACCAGCAGGUGCUGGCGACAGGACCCAGAGACAGCUCGAGCCCUGAGACUGAAUACGGAUCUAGAAGUGGAACGGCACAAUAGUGGUUGGGCGCAGGUGAAUCCUGGGUUUGAUGAUGACUGCUAG